AUGGCGGUGGAUGUUUUUAGAAUUAUUCUCAAGGAUUUGGAAUUCAGUGAUAUACAUUCGGUUCUUCUAGUUAACCGAGAAUGGUGUCGAGCGGCCAUUCCAAUUUACUGGAAAGCUCCAUUUAGUUUUACCAAGAAAAGGAGUAUGACUGCACUAAAGAUUUAUGAAAUGUUUCUUGAACAGGGAAGCAGUACGUCCGCUCAGGGUAAAGCUCAAAAGGUUCUACCAUUUUUCGAUUAUCCAUCAUUUAUCAAAGAACUCAAUUAUACGAAUUUAUUGGUCUGUAAAGGAGCAUAUGAAAGAAUCAAAACAGUUGAAUCAAUACUUCAAAUGUUAACAGACCGUGAAAUUCGUCUGGAAACUUUUAUUAUGGAGAAUACUGGUACAAGUGACGAAAUUACUUAUACAUUUUGGACAGCACCACGCUAUGCCCCAAUGUUCAGUACCCUUAUUAAUGUCAAAAUACAUACCCCUUUUCCAAAAAGUAAUGUCAUAAAGUCAUUAGCAAAAAAUUGCAAGAGACUGUCCUAUCUUGAUAUCAAUCUUCACGAUACCUCGGAUGAACGUGCUAGAGAAUCGAUCAAUUAUCUUGAGGAAAUCAUCUCUGCCCAGAAACGAUUUUUGAAUCUUCGGUUGGUAUUUCCAAACGGACCCGGGAAUAUGCUUAUCAAAGCAUUUCAAUCCUAUCUCGAAUAUUUUCAACGACUUGAACUUGUGAAAUGGAACUUUUCCGGGUGUGAUUGGAGUUGGUUAAAUAAUUGUUCAAAUUUGAUCGAAUUUGCAAUUACAACUCCUCCACCUCAAGUCAUUAAAAUUUUUGGUACAGGGUAUGAAACUCAUCGCUCAAAACCAUCGAAAAAUUUAAAGAUUUUAACUACACAUUGGCAUUUUGACAAAGGUGAAGAAAUUUCUUCAAUGCCAAAAUUUUACUUUCACUCUGGUAAAUCGAAUAAAGAAGUUGAACCUCCUCCAUUAAUGAAACAAGCAAUUUAUUAUUCUGAAGGAUCUAUUAAAUUUAAAGAGGAUAUGUCUGCUAGUAAUUUUAUUUCUUAUGAAUAUCUUCAUGAAAUUGGAGAAGUAAAAAAAAAGAUUGCUGUAAAAGAAUUAGGUAUAAGAGUUAUACCAAAUUUUUUUUGUAUAAAGAUAUAG